AUGCCUUCCAUGUUCAUUGCUGUCAAAAACAUUAAGCCGGAACACCAGCUCCGGGCAAUCAGAGUGAGAGCAGUACGUGUCUAUGAAGUUCCUGAGAAAAGGGGAGAGGGGCAGGCCAGUAAGAGCAUGGAAGUAUUGUUCCAUGAUGAAGAGGGAGACUACAUUCAUGCGAGUAUAAUCAAAAAAGACAUUGGAAAGUAUAGAGAUACAAUCAAGGAAGAGAAAGUUUUUGAAAUCAAGAACUUCAUGGCUUCUACAAACUACUAUGUCUACAAGAUUACAGAACAUGGUUUCAUGCUCAAAUUUAACUACAGAACACAAGUGAAGGAAAUACAUUCUAAUGGCUUUCCUUGCAAAAUGUUUAGACUAAAGAGUUUUUUGGCUUUGAAAGAUCAUGAUGAUGUGAAUGACAAGGAACUGAUUGAUGUUAUUGGAAGGGUAAUUGAGAUUUACAAUCCUGUGGACAAGAUUAUAGGGGGAAAGGCCACCAAACUAAUCGACUUUCAAAUUGAAGACAAUGCUGAGAACACCAUGAUGUGUACACUCUGGAAUGAACAUGUAUCUUCCCUUAUGCCUUUUUACAAUAGUGAUUCGAAAGAACCACUGAUUGUUGUCAUUCAAUGCUGUAGGGCUAAAGUUGUGGGUGGUGAAGUGAGAAUAACCAGUUCGUAUGAUGCUACGAAGCUUUGGUUCAAUGAGGAUUUUGAAGAAUUUCAAGAGUUUAAGUCAAAGUUGAAAGCUGAGGGUACUCCAAUGAGAAGUUUUAGUACUGGCACACUACAUUCAAACUCUACAGGCAUUAGUGAGUUUAAUAAUGCUUCUGUUAUUGUAACUAACUGUCAUGAUAUUAAGAAGGUUAAAGAGGAUGGGGAAUACUAUGUGGCUGCUGAGAUUCUUGGGUUAGAUUUUGAGGAUGGUUGGUACUACUUAUCAUGCCUGAAACUUGGAUACUUGUAUGAUAGGUACAGUUAG